AUGAGAAAAAUCCUUUUGUUCCCUCUCUCUCUCUCUCUCUUUUUCUUUUGCUUGGACACUGUUAUUGGCCCCUCACGUCUCUCUCUCUCUCUCUCUCUCUCUCUCUCUCUCUCUCUCUCUCGUCAUUCAACAGCAGCAAGCAGCAAGCAGCAAGCAGCCAGUCAGCGUCAGGACGCACCAAGCUCCUCGAAGAUGGCGCGAUCCCUCAUUCUCCUCGCCGUUUUGGCGCUCGUGGCUAUGAGUGUGUCGGCCGCCAAGAACGCGACGACGACCACAGCCCCUGCUGCUGUCAACACCACCACUGCGGCUCCCACCACCACCACCACCCCUGCCGCUGUCAACACCACCACCGCGGCUCCCACCACCACCACCACCCCUGCCGCUGUCAACACCACCACCGCAGCUCCCACCACCACCACCACCCCUGCCGCUGUCAACACCACCACCGCAGCUCCCACCACCACCACCACCACCCCUGCCGCAUCCAACGACACCACCACCACCACUCCCGCGGCGUCCAACGGCACCACCACUCCGGCUGCUACCACGGCUGGCCCCACCACCACUCACGGUCCCACUUCUGCCCCGACUCCUGCCACCGACUACAAGCACAGCGUUACCAUUAAGGGCGACGGUGGCGCCCCCUGCGUCCGCUUUGACUACGAUAAUUUGACUGUCACCAUUGAUGGCAUUACUAUGGAUCUUUCCAACUUCUCCUCGGCCCAGGGCAGCUGCCAGAACGCCAAGAACAUCUCUCUCCUCAUGUUGGUCUCCAACACCCCCAACGGCUCUGCCAGCGUCACCCUCACCUUCCACCAGAAUGCGUCCGGCUACGUUAACCUGCAAGGUGAAUUGACACUCUCUGCACCCUGUCUUCCAGGCGCCCUCGUGCCCAUAUCGACCACGGCAUACGUGAGCCUGGAAACCUUCCUCGGCGCAAUGCCCAUCAUCUUCCCGCUCAACGUGUCCGCGCACACGGCUCUGUCCGCCCAGGCCAACCACUCUUACGGCUGCAACUACACCUUCUCCUACUCGGGUGAUAAGGCCCUUCUCAACUCGACCCAUCACGCCACGCUCAACGUCACCGACGUGCAGGUCCAGGUCGGCUCCUUGACCAAGGAGGGCAACUUUGCCGCCUUGGACAACGAUGCCUACUGCCCAGCCUCGGCCGACUCGAAGCGCUCCAAAACGAUCGGCCUGAUCGUUGGCUCUGUCAUCACGGCCCUUGCUCUCUUCGGCAUCCUUGCCUUUGCCAUCUCGCGUUGCCGCACGUCCGAGUACGAGCGCAUCGAUGCCUAAAACUAGCUGUAGAUGACCUUCUUGGGCAGGCAUCUGGCCGGCUGUUUGAUGUUGAUGCUGUGCUCAGUGUUGCAUCUCUUUGUUUCGAGCCAACGUCCGCCCUCUCUCCUUGAUUUCUUUGUCUCGUCAUCUCUGUAUUAGGAAUCGUGCAUUAUCUUGACUUUCACCCUUGGGCUGCUGAUUGAACCAUGUGCGUGUGCGGGCCCACAUCAGAAGCCGCCCGAAGCCUGCUUCGUUUGGUUUUGGUCGCCUCUGCCAACUUUUCCCUCUUUCCUUGUUGUUGUUUUUUUUUUUUUUUCUCUCUCUCUCUCUCUUGCUUGUCUUUUUUUCGAGCAUGUCCUUCUUUCAAACCAAAAUACUUGCACGAAAUUGUUUAUCACACCGCAAACUCCCAAUUCAGGUGUCCUCUCACC